AUGCCCGCGGCCCGGCCGCCCGCCGCGGGACUCCGCGGGAUCUCGCUGUUCCUGGCUUUGCUCCUGGGAAGCCCGGCCGCAGCUCUGGCGCGAGAUGCCAGCCCAGAGGGAGACACCAACCCCUCGGGCCCUGCCCUCCUGCCUUCCGAGGCUCUGCAAGGCAUCAGCCCGGGCCAGGAGAGCUCCGAGGAGCGGGCGAUCGUGGUACCUCCACGUCCCACCCCGUCGGAUGAAGAAGAGUUUGGCGAGCUGGAGACGGAGGGGACGGCGGCCCCUGCCGGGCCUGAGCCCCCAGCGCUGUCCUCAGCGCCGCCCGAGGAGGCGGCCACCAAACACCCCAAGUUCCCCCGGAAGAAGCCACCUUCUCUGAAGCAGGUGAACUCAGCCCGGAAGCAGCUGAGACCAAAGCCCAGCUCUGCAGCGGCCACCCAGAGGGCAGGGUCCCAGUCCUCGGGCCCGGCUCUCCUCCCCUCCUCCACGGAGAAGUCCCAGCCCCCGGGAGACCUGGGCCACGUCAUGGCCGCGGAGCCAUCGUCAGAGGUGCCCCUUUGGUUGGACCGCAGGCAGGGAGCCGUCCCCACAACGCCUGCGCCCCUGCAAAUCGCCCCCUUCACCUCGCAGUCCUACGUGGCCCACACCCUGCCCCAGAGGCCCGGCUCCGAGGAGCCCACAGCGCCCGACGCCGAGGCCCCCCAGCAACCCCCCGAGGACGCCAGCCCCGUGACCCUGACGGACAAAGGGGAGAACGAGCUGACCGGCUCGGCCUCGGAGGAGAGCCAGGAGACCACCACGACCACCAUCAUCACCACCACGGUCAUCACCACUGAGCAGGCCCCAGCUCUGUGCAGCGUGAGCUUCUCCGACCCGGAGGGGUACAUCGAUUCCAGUGACUACCCCCCAUUGCCCCUCAGCAGCUUCCUGGAGUGCACCUACAACGUGACCGUCUACACCGGCUACGGGGUGGAGCUCCAGGUGAAGAGCGUGAACCUGUCGGAGGGGGAGCUGCUGUCCAUCCGCGGCGUGGACGGCCCCACCCUAACUGUCCUGGCCAACCAGACGCUCCUGGUGGAGGGGCAGGUGAUCCGCAGCCCCACCAACACCAUCUCGGUCUACUUCCGCACCUUCCAGGACGAGGGGCUUGGCAACUUCCAGCUGCACUACCAAGCCUUCAUGCUGAGCUGCAGCUUCCCACGGCGGCCUGACUCCGGGGACGUCACCGUGAUGGACCUGCACGCAGGCGGGGUGGCCCACUUCCACUGCCACCUGGGCUACGAGCUCCAGGGUGCCCAGAUGCUGACCUGCAUCAAUGCCUCCAAGCCCCAUUGGAGCAGCCCGGAGCCCGUCUGCUCAGCCCCCUGUGGAGGAGCAGUGUACAAUGCCACCAUCGGCCGUGUCCUCUCCCCGAGUCACCCUGGAAACGCCAACGGGAGCCAGUUCUGCGUGUGGACGAUCGAGGCCCCAGAGGGCCAGAAGCUGCACCUGCACUUUGAGAGGCUGUCGCUCCACGAGAAAGACAGGAUGACGGUCCACAGCGGGCAGACCAACAAGUCGGCUCUUCUCUACGACUCCCUCCAAACUGAAAGUGUCCCCUUCGAGGGGCUGCUGAGCGAAGGCCACACCAUCCGCAUCGAGUUCAUGUCUGAUCAGGGCCAGGCGGCCUCAGCCUUCAACAUCCGAUUUGAGGCCUUUGAGAAAGGCCACUGCUACGAGCCCUACAUCCAGAACGGGAACUUCACCACGUCUGACCCCACCUAUAACAUCGGGACCAUCGUGGAGUUCACAUGUGACCCCGGCCACUCUCUGGAGCAGGGCCCAGCCAUCAUCGAGUGCAUCAAUGUGCGGGACCCUUACUGGAACGACACGGAACCCCUGUGCAGAGCCAUGUGUGGUGGGGAGCUCACUGCCGUGGCCGGGGUGGUGCUUUCCCCGAACUGGCCGGAGCCCUAUGUGGAGGGCGAAGAUUGCAUCUGGAAGAUCCAUGUGGGGGAGGAGAAACGGAUCUUCCUGGACAUCCAAUUCCUGAACCUGAGUAACAGCGACAUCUUGACCAUCUAUGACGGUGGCGAGGCCAUGCCCCACAUCUUGGGCCAGUACCUUGGGAACAGCGGCCCGCAAAAGCUGUACUCGUCCACGCCAGACCUGACCAUCCAGUUCCACUCAGACCCUGCCGGCCUCAUCUUUGGAAAGGGUCAGGGGUUUAUCAUGAACUACAUAGAGGUGUCCAGAAAUGACUCGUGCUCGGACCUGCCCGAGAUCCAGAACGGCUGGAAGACCACGUCCCACACGGAGCUGGUGCGGGGAGCCAGGAUCACCUACCAGUGCGACCCCGGCUACGACAUCGUGGGCAGCGACACCCUCGCCUGCCAGUGGGACCUCAGCUGGAGCAGCGACCCCCCGUUCUGCGAGAAGAUCAUGUAUUGCAGCGACCCCGGAGAGGUGGAGCACUCCACCCGCCUGAUUUCGGAUCCCGUGCUGCUGGUGGGCACCACCAUCCAGUACACCUGCAACCCCGGCUUUGUGCUGGAAGGCAGCUCCCUGCUCACCUGCUACAGCCGCGAGACGGGCACCCCCAUCUGGACGUCCCGCCUGCCCCACUGUGUCUCCGAGGAGUCUCUGGCCUGUGACAACCCAGGGUUACCGGAAAACGGCUACCAGAUCCUGUACAAGCGCCUGUACCUGCCCGGGGAGUCGCUCACCUUCAUGUGCUACGAGGGCUUCGAGCUGACGGGCGAGGUGACCAUCCGCUGCAUCCUGGGUCAGCCGUCACACUGGAACGGGCCGCUGCCCGUGUGCAAAGUCAAUCAAGACAGCUUUGAACAUGCUUUGGAAGUAGCAGAAGCGGCAGCGGAGUCGUCACUGGAAGGCGGAGACAUGGCCCUGGCUAUCUUCAUCCCGGUCCUCAUCAUCUCUUUACUGCUGGGAGGAGCCUACAUUUACAUCACAAGAUGCCGCUACUACUCCAGCCUGCGCCUGCCACUGGUGUACUCCCACCCCUACAGCCAGAUCACCGUGGAGACGGAGUUCGACAACCCCAUUUACGAGACGGGGGAAACCAGAGAGUACGAGGUGUCCAUCUAA